AUGCAGUUCGGCGCAACAAUCGGAGAGGCAUGCGCCACCUUCGCCAUCACCAACAUCGACGACCUGUUCGUCUUGGUGACUUUCAACGCCGAGGCAGCAACGAGCAAGGUUAUGACGCCUUUCAGAAUAGCUAUCGGGCAAUUCAUUGGAUUCACCGUCAUCAUUGCCAUUAGUAUGAUCGGCUUUGGUGUUUCCCUCGUGCUGCCCCCUGAACCGAUUGGGUUUCUUGGUCUACUGCCUAUCUUACUUGGUAUUUGGAAGUUUUGCCACCUUUUCUUCCCAGAGUCUGAGGAAGACACUGAAAUUAGCACCGCUGCUUCACUAAAGGGUAUAUUCAAAGUCGCUCUUAUCACGGUGAUGAACGGCGGUGACAACAUCGGCACGUACAUUCCUCUGUUUGCGCAAGUCGAAAGGGCCGCAAUCGCCGUAUACAUUGUCGUGUACUACAUUUUACUCGCCGUAUGGUGUUUAGCCGCCUCCUUGAUCAUGAGACAAAAGCAUAUUCUGGCGCUCGUCCAGAAAUACGUUGAUUAUGUUAUACCGCUCCUCUACACCGGCUUGGGCAUAUUCAUCAUUGUCAAGUCGAAUUGCUAUCCCUGGACUAUUCAACAGAUCGACAAGUCAACUGGCUCGAAUCCGGGCGAAGGGACCAUGGCUGGUGUUACUACCUUUAUUCUUCUGGCGUCAACGUGUGCUAUGGCGUGGGCUACAGUGGCGAAAAGAAAGAUUCAAAAUACAGGGGACGUUGAUCUUCCUAUAAGAGAUGGCACAAAUGGCACACCACAAGAAACUGCAACUAGAGAUGCGGAUGUAGACGUUCAUCGAGACGAAAAUUCAAGAAAGAGGAAGCUAUGGUAG